AUGACUGAUAUACCCUUGGACUUUGAGGUUCCACACCUUAUAGUAGAAGACGUGAUUGAUGCGCUCAAUCGUGACCUCGUGGAUGCGGACGCAGAUGCAGUGCGCCACCGUGCAUUGCGCCAGAUGGUCGAGCUGCUCCGCCGGACGCGACAGCGCGAGGAGGAGCGCCAGAUGCUCCAAGCGGUGCAUGAUAGAAGAGGCCGCUGGCAGGUCCGCAGUCCCUGGCGGAUGUUGGGAGAUGUCGUGUAUCUCGUGUUUGUACCAUAUGUGUACUACAAGCUCGUAAAGCAGAUUUACUCAUACGUUCAGCUCCGACCGGAACUUCAGGUGGCGGAGGACAGUGCUUCUUUGCUUCGCAGCUCGUACAAAUAUAUCUAUCAGGCAAACGCCACGGCGCUGGUGUUUGGUGAUGGGGUGGAUAUGGCGUACUUUGACGUGUUGUUGCGCAUUGAGGAGGUUAUCUUGAAUGAGUUGCCUACGGCUCUCCGAGGGGAAUGGCCCCAGAAACCGGUAACUGCGGGCGUGAAGGUUGCCACGUUGGCGAUCUACAUGGUGUAUAACUGGAGUGUAUCGCUAUACGUGAUGUUUGCUAUGACGUUCUGCAUCCUAUGCUUUUCGAUAUUGAUGGUGAACAAGUGGAAGGCAGUAGCGCGGUUUCUCUUUGUCGAGGUGUUGCUUAAUAAGCCGCGGGAGGGCGACUUUGACUACCGUCCGACGACCAGGGGCGUAUUUUAG